ACAAUAAACUGAAAUAAAUAAGGAAUUUUACAAAAGUGCAAUAUAUAGGUUGGCAAAGAAGUAAAUCUAAUGGCUAAAGUGACGGUACAGGACAUUGAGGCAGUUGAUGAUUAUUGGGGGCCCACAUUUCGAUCAAUACUCGAAGGGAACAAUACCAAGGCAAUCAGUGAACAGUUGGAACAACGAAUACGCAGCCACGAUAAGGAAAUCGAGCGCAUAUGCAACUUGUAUUAUCAAGGUUUUAUUGACUCCAUACAAGAGUUGCUCCAGGUUCGUACGCAGGCUAAACAGCUGCAUGAUGAGGUCCACUCACUGGAUACAUCGCUACGCACCAUAAGCGCGUCACUUAUACAGCAGGGAAACGAGCUUGUGCGAGCUCGUCAAAUCGAGUCCAAUGUGGCCAGUGCCAUUGAGGCGCUUAAGUCCUGUCUGCCCGCUUUAGAAUGCUACAUAAAGUUUACACAACAGGCCAAGAACAAGCAAUAUUAUCAGGCACUGCGCACGCUAGAGACCCUGGAAACGGAGCACCUAACGCGCCUACAGCGACACAACUAUCGUUUUGCCACACAAAUGCAAACACAGAUACCCAUCAUUAAGGAAAACAUUCGCCGCUCAUCGGCGGCAGAUUUUCGUGAAUUUUUGGAGAACAUACGCAAGUUUUCACCACGUAUUGGUGAGCUGGCCAUCACCCACACGAAGCAACUUCAAAAGCGCGAUAUUAAUGCCAUUAUUCAGGAACACAAACAACAGAAUAAUAGUGGUGGUAGUGGCGAUGAUGAUGGUGGCAAUGUAAGCGCACAAAACUUAAUCGAUUUCUCACCCAUUUAUCGCUGCCUGCACAUAUAUAUGGUGCUUGGGCAGCGUGAGUACUUCGAGAAGGACUAUCGCCAGCAAAGGCGAGAUCAAUCGAAAUUGGUUUUGCAGCCUCCACCAAAUAUGCACGAUAAUCUCGAAGCCUACAAAACAUACAUUUGCGCAAUUGUGGGCUUCUUUGUGGUCGAGGAUCAUGUGAAGAAUACAGCAGGUGAUGUGGUCACAAGUAGUUAUUUGGAAGAGCUGUGGUCCACAUCGCUGACCAAGUUCGUCAAUGAGAUCAGCAUGAGUUCCUCCUCAUGCACAGACCCAAAUAUAUUACUACGGAUCAAAAAUCUUAUUAUGCUGUCAAUUAACACCUUCAAGUGCUAUGGCUACACGGUACAAAUUUUAUGGGAACUACUACAUGAUAUGCGCGAUCAUUACAAUGAGGUGCUACUACAACGGUGGGUUCACGUUUUCCGUGAGAUUCUGGACAAAGAGCAAUUCGUACCCAUGGUUGUUCAGAACAUAGAAGAGUAUGAAUGCAUUAUUGAGCGAUUUCCAUUUCAUUCCGAGCAGUUGGAGAAUGCUCCUUUUCCAAAACAGUUUCCAUUUUCGCGCAUGGUGCCUGAGGUUUACCAUCAGGCAAAGGAGUUUAUGUAUGCUUGCAUGAAAUUCGCCGAGGAGCUGACACUGUCACCCAACGAAGUGGCCGCCAUGGUGAGAAAGGCAGCCAAUUUGCUGCUUACCCGCAGCUUUAGCGGCUGCCUUUCAGUGGUCUUUCGUCAGCCAAGCAUUACACUAAUUCAACUUAUACAAAUUAUAAUAGACACGCAGUAUUUGGACAAGGCCGGCCCUUUUCUCGAUGAAUUUGUCUGUCAUAUGACGAACACAGAGCGCAGUAUUUCGCAAACGCCUUCGGCCAUGUUUCACGUGGCCCGGCAGGAUGCCGAGAAGCAGGUGGCAGUUCGUAUAUGCUUCAAAAUCGAUGAGUUCUUCGAAUUGAGCGCCUAUGACUGGCUGCUGGUGGAGCCGCCUGGUAUAGCAUCCGCGUUCAUCACGGACAUGAUCUCCUAUUUGAGGAGCACCUUCGACAACUUCUCAUACAAGCUGCCCCAUAUCGCGCAGGCUGCCUGUCGUCGUACCUGCGAGCACAUUGCUGAUAAGAUCUAUUCGAUUUUAUUUGAUGAAGAAGUCAAACAAAUAUCUACGGGCGCACUUACACAAAUCAAUUUGGAUUUAAUGCAAUGUGAAUUUUUCGCCGCCUCAGAACCAGUGCCAGGUCUUCGGGAAGGAGAAUUGAGUAAAUAUUUCCAACGUAAUCGCCAGCUCCUCGACCUGCUUAUAUUGGAAGAAUGGAGUACGUAUUUCCAUGACUAUGGCAAGCAGGAGAAUCGUUACCACUUAGUCGAACCCCAGUCGAUAAUCACGAUACUGGAGAAAAUACGAGAAGCGGAUAAAAAGCCAAUUUUCUCGCUGGUGCGUAAAAAUGAUAAGAAGAAGCUACUUGAGACUGUUCUAAAACAGCUGAGGCAUAUAGCGGAGCGACAGACUUAAAAUGCAUUC